ACACUCGCGUUUCCGGUUGAGAAAUUGCAUGUAUGAAAAAUCAGGGGCAUAAAUGUCAUUUACCAAACCACAAGUGAUUUACAUUUUCUGAAAGGGGAUCUCGUGUCGUGUCGCUUCUCCGCGCAGCGCCGAUCAUUCCUGUUCUCCCUCUUUCUCUCAUCUCCAUCUGGAAUGGUCUGUGAUGAUGUCCGCGAGGAGGGAUAGAGCCGGCACGCCCCGUUACUCGGCCAGCAUGCGUUGUAUAUCUUGUCGAGAGGUGUACGAGGCGUGCGACGCCGGCACUUGCAAGGAGUGCUACGAGGAAGCCAGCGAGACGGAGGAGGAGCUGAAACGCGAGAUCGAAGACCUCAAAUCCAAGGUUGCCUUCCUCAGGAUCUGUUCUCCUCUCGAUCCUCACAACCGCUCCUCCCCGUCUUCUUCUUUCACCGAUAUCGUUCUCGAGGCCUCCGAUGAUGAUUGCGGUACCGGUGCACCUGCUGUCCGGGCCCACAAAGCCAUCCUGAUAAGCAAAUCUCCAGUUUUUAAAGCAAUGCUGGAGAAUGAGAUGGAGGAGAGCAGGAGUGGCACCAUUAAGAUAAGUGAUGUAUCAUACGAUGUUCUUCGCUCCUUUGUACACUACUUGUAUACAGCAGAAGUGUUCCUCGAUGAGCAGAUGGCCUGUGAACUCCUGGUAUUGGCAGAGAAGUACCAGGUGAAGCAUCUCAAAGCCUUCUGCGAGAAGUUCAUAACAUCCAAGGUGAACAACGACAAUGCGGUCAUGAGUUUUGCCUUUGCACAUCGUCACAAUGCGAAGAACCUUCUUGAAGCUGCUCUAUCAUUGAUCACAGACAACAUGGACACACUAACGGAAAGAGAUGAGUAUAAGGAGCUUGUGGAAACGGACCCACGCCUGGUGGUCGAGAUAUAUGAAGCCUAUCUUGCCAAGCAGGUCAACACAGCUGCCAAAGAUUAGUUGGUGGUCAUUGCAGUACCGGUGGCCCAACAGCACCAUCCUUCAGUGCAAAAGGAAAGAAUAAUGUAGAUUUGCUUUUUUGUUUUUCUCUUUUUGAAUUUCUCCUUCUUUCUUUGGUUUUCAAAUUCUCUCUGAACAAAAGAAAAGAAUUCCAAAAACUUCUCGUGUAAACACUCAAAUCAUGCCUUCAUCAAUAGUUUUCUCUCUAGAUACAACGGUUGCUUGCUUCUA